GGAUUGAAGCUACGGGAAGAAGUCGAAGAUUUACGGGCUGUUGAGGAGGCCUUUGUGCCACUGAUCAAGCUCCGUUUUGACGGUAUAGAGAUUGAUCUUGUGUUUGCCAGAUUAGCGCUGCCGACGAUUCCUGAAGAUCUGGACCUAAGCCCGGACGCUCUGCUCGCAAACUUAGACAUUAGAUGCAUAAGAAGUCUUAAUGGUUGCAGAGUGACCGACGAAAUUUUACAUCAAGUGCCAAACGUUGACAACUUCAGGUUAACUCUGAGAGCUAUCAAACUUUGGGCCAAAUGCCAUGGCAUCUAUUCCAAUAUAUUCGGUUUCCUCGGGGGUGUUUCCUGGGCGAUGCUGGUCGCGAGGAUUUGCCAGCUUUAUCCAAAUGCAACCGCAUCGACUCUUGUCCAUAAGUUUUUCUUCGUAUUUUCUAGAUGGGAAUGGCCAACACCGGUGCUAUUGAAACGGCCCAAAGCAUGCCAUCUGAAUCUGCCUGUGUGGGACCCAAGGGUAAACCCCAGGGACAGGCACCAUCUUAUGCCUAUCAUUACACCAGCAUACCCAGAACAGAAUUCUACGUGCAAUGUGUCCGUCUCUACACAGAUGGUCAUGGCCGAGGCGUUCAGAGAAGGUCUUGCUAUCGCAGAUGAAAUUGUGCUGGGUAAGGCAGAGUGGUCCAAACUUUUUGAAGCUCCCAACUUCUUUCACAAGUACAAGCAUUAUGUCGUACUUCUCGCAAGUGCACCCACGGAAAAGCACCGACUGGAAUGGGUGGGCUUGGUGGAAUCAAAAAUCCGACUCCUCGUUGGAAGUUUGGAGAAGAAUGAAGCCAUCAGACUGGCUCGAGUGAAUCCUCAGUCAUUUCCAGCACCCAAGGAAAAUCCUGGCCACGAAGGCUUUCGUACCAUGUGGGUGAUUGGGUUAGAGUUUCAAAAGCCAGAAAACUCUGGCAUCCUCAGUGUUGACCUGACAUAUGACAUUCAGUCUUUCACAGAGGCAGUUUACAGGCAAGCAGAAAGCAGCAAGGUGCUUGAGAAGGAUAUGAAAAUUGUUGCGAUGCAUGUGAAAAGAAGGCAACUGCAUCAGCUCCUACCUGAUACGGCGCUGCCCAAAAAGAAAAGGCGUGCACCAGAAGAAGUUCGAUGGACAGCUCUGCACGACGGCAGCCUCGCCUCGCCCGAGGAUGGCGACUACAGCAUGUCCGGGCCUGCUCCAACCAGUGCCACGAAGACCAGUCCACGGAACAGUUGGGGCAGCUCUCGGGGCACAAACAGUCCUGCCCCGGCUCUAACAGCCCCAUCUGGGACCAACAUCAGGGCGACUGAGCUUUCCCUGCCACGAGGACGAGGACGCGCCGGUGAAAGCGCAAGGGCUACUGGAAGUGAAAGCGUUCCUCAAACGGCCUCGGGGACUGCCCCUUCUCCAGCACCACAGACUAGGCUCUCCAGACUUGGUUCCUCAACGCGCCCGGGAAAGCAGCCACCAAGACCUUCCGGAAACGCCGCAAGCGAAGGACCUACUCCUAGAGCUGGAGUCAAAAGGACGGCUUCACCUCAGAAGCAAGAGCCUCGCAAGAAAACCAAAACGGAAGAGCAGCGUGAGGCGAGGCAAGAUGCCAGCUCUCUCGGUCUGAGGGCACAGGCUCAACGGCAAACCAAGGGACAACUCGACGCAGAAACAAGUACAGCUCCAUCGGAGACUCUUAGGACAGCGGCCCCUCUCUUGGCUCUCUUGGAUACUCGGGAAAGCCCCGGCACAGACCUUUCCGAUGUGCCUGCUCUCCCGGCAAAUCCUAUUCGUCUCUUCAAGCACUCCAUCAGACUGAGACUGAAGCGGUAG